CACUCACUCACUCCUCACUCACUCAUUCAUUCAUUCACUCACUACCACUCAUUCACUCACCCCCUCAUUCAUUCAUUCACCCCACUCAUUCACUCUCCAAUCAUUCACUCAUUCCCCACCCAUUCUCCACUCAGUCAUUCACUCACUCCCUAUUCAUUCAUUCACUCCCCACUCACUCCCCCAUUCAUUCAUCACCCUUAUUCAUUUAUUCACUCCCAAACUUUCAGCCAUUAAUUUGUGCCCUCAUUCAUUCAUUCAUUCACUCACUUAUUCAUUCAUCCACCUGUUCACUUAACUGUUUGCUCAUUCAUUCAUUCAUUCAUUCAUGGGCUCUGCCUGAGCUCUCCCAUGAACCCAGCCUGGCCCUAGGCACUGGGCUUGGCACACUGUCUUCCAAGCCCCUGGGCUGGGCAGAGGCUGCUUCCUCUAGUAUCAGGAGGGGUGGGGAGCCCCCAGGGACCCCCGACCUGACCUGUGGGCCCCGGGGGAGGUUUCCUGGAGGAGCUGUUCCGGGAGGACAAGGAGGGUUAUGUUACAUCGGCCUUCCUGAGUCUUCUUGGAGACUUGCCACACUCCCUGCGUUGUCCUCGCCUCCCUACCUUCCUCGCCCCGGCAGGCUCCCGCCUCUGCCCCCCAUCCCGGCUCCCCAGAGUGCCCGAGGCCUGAGUGAGCCGACACACUCGCUAGGGGGUGUGACGUGGGUGAUGUCCCGGUCUCACAAGUGCCCAAGCAUCAUCAGGGCGAAGGUGCCUGUCCCGGGGCCGGGCCAGCCUGGUGACGUGCAUCCGAGUCAUGCCCGCUGGGGUAGGGCCACAGAGCAGUGACCCGAGGGCCGUGUCGGGCCGGGGUGCAGCCUCUGCUCCCAGGCCCUCAGGGGCUGGCAGCCGGGGAGCAGGAGGGCGGUGCCCCGAGUUAGGUCAGACGGUGGGGCGGAGACGCUCACCCAGAGCUGGCAGGGGCCUCAAGGGGCGUCGGGUCCGGCCUCCAUCCGGGCAGCCCGGGGCUGGGCGUGCUGGGCGGGCACCACCCUCCUUUGUUCCCUCCGUGGGGCCGAGGGCCGUGCCGAGGCCUGUCUGCGUGUGACCUGUCUCCGCCACCCCCAGCACCUCACUGGUCAGUCCCCGGCCCUGCCCCUAGCCCCAGCGUCCCCGCGAGACUGGAGGUGGGGCUCAGCGUGCCCCGGCCCCCUCACAGCUCUGGGGUGAGUUGCCGGCAUGUUCCCUGCCCAGCUGUCUGCAUCUGUGCAGCCCCUGCACGCCGCCCUUCCCGACAGCCCUGCACCCGUGAGGGCCGCCCAGAAGCUCAGCCUGGCCUCCAAGCGCAGGAAGGGGCCCCUGCCACCCCCUACCCGCAGCGCCCCGGCCCACCCGACCGACUUCAGCGGCGCCCUGCACCUGUGGCCGCCCCCGGCUCCCCCCGGCCUGCUUAGGGCGGCCCCCAAGGCCAAGGACGACCCCAGCGUUGCCGGCAAGGUCCGCGUCACGCUCCGGGUGUGUCCCGCGCAGGGGCCCCAGCGCCCGGCCGAGGCCGUGUCCUGCCUGAAGGUGGAGCCCCGGAAGAAGCAGGUGACCCUCUACGACCCGGCCCCCGGGCCCCCGGGCCCCCGUCGAGCCGCCACCGCCCCCGUGCCCAAGAUGUUCGCCUUCGACGCCGUCUUCCCCCAGGACGCGGAGCAGGCUGAGGUGUGCUCGGGGACAGUGACUGACGUGCUGCAGUCUGUGGUUGGUGGGGCUGAUGGCUGCAUCUUCUCCUUCGGCCACACGAGCCUUGGCACGUCGCGCACCAUGAUUGGGGAGGACGGCUCGGCCCGGGGCCUGGGUGUCGUGCCCUGCGCCAUCUCCUGGCUCUUCAAGCUCAUCGGCGAGCACCGGGAACGCACGGGCACCCGCUUCUCGGUGCGUGUCUCGGCUGUGGAGCUGUGCGGCCGUGAGCAGGGCCUGCGGGACCUGCUGGCCGAGGUGGCGUCCAGUGGCCUCCAGGACAGCCAGUCCCCGGGCAUGUGCCUGCAGGGGGACCCAGUCGGCGGGGCGCAGCUGCAGAGCCAGAGCGAGCUGCGGGCGCCCACGGCCGAGAAGGCAGCCUUCUACCUGGACGCGGCCUUGGCGGCCCGCAGCACCAGCCAGCCCGGCCGUGGGGGUGACGCCCGGCAUGGCUCCCACCUGCUCUUCACGCUGCACGUCUACCAGUACCGCAUGGAGAAGUGUGGCCGGGGUGGAAUGUCUGGAGGCCGCAGCCGCCUGCACCUCAUGGACCUGGGGAGCUGCGGGGCUGGGGAGACCCCCGGGGGGUCCCCGUGUCUGUCACUGCCGGCCCUGGGCAGUGUCCUCCUGGCCCUGGUCAACGAUGCCAAGCACGUGCCCUACAGGGACCACAGGCUGACUGCGCUGCUACGGGAGGCCCUGGCUGUGCCCGCCUGCCGGGUCACCGUGAUCGCGCAUGUCGCGGAUGCCAUGGCUGGCCACGCCGAGACACUGAGCACCCUGCAGCUGGCUGCCCGCCUCCACCGCCUGCGCAGGAGGAAGGUCAAGCACGCAUCCAGCUCGUCGGGCGGCGAGAGCUCGUGCGAGGAGGGCCGUGCCCGCCGCCCCCCGGCCCUGCGGCCCUUCCACCCACGCUCCGUGGCCCUGAGCCCCGACCGCCCGGCCCCCGGCCCGCCUGGCGACCCCGACUACUCGUCCAGCAGUGAGCAGUCCUGCGACACGGUCAUCUACGUGGGGCCUGGUGGGGCGGUGCUGUCGGACCGGGACCUCACCGACAACGAGGGCCCGCCGGGCUUCGUGCCCAUUGUGCCCGCCCUGAGCCGGCGCUGGCGCUCGGAGGGGCCCUGCGGCGCCGACAGUGACCAUUUCCGCUGCGGCACUUUCGCCGAGCUGCAGGAGCGGCUGGAGGGCAUCGGUGGCCGUGAGGGACCCCUGGACGGCCGUGGGGGCAGGAAGCCCACCCCGCCUGUGGGCACCUCACUCGCCACCAGCUCGCCCCACGGCAGUCCCGGCCCGGGUGCCGGCCGAGCCGGCCCAGAGCCCUCGAAGACGAGUGCCCGAGGUGACCUGAGAGAGAUGGGUGGCCCCAGGCCUGAGACACCCGCACCGGACAAGGCCCCUGGGGGCGGGGACAGGAGGCCGCUUCCCAGCCCGGCUCCUCCACCUGCUCGCCAGCCAGUGGAGCCCGGGGCAGGUGGCUCGGACAGCGGGGCACGGAGCCCCCCCAGGGGCACGAGUGGGCAGGCGGGCUGGCCCCUGCCACUCCCGGAUGCCGGCAGCCCCCGCCCAUCAGCUCGCGGCUGCUGUCUGGAGCGCGGCCUGCUGACCACCACGGUCACCCUGCAGCAGCCCGUGGAGCUCAACGGCGAGGACGAGCUGGUGUUCACGGUGGUGGAGGAGCUGUCCCUGGGCGGCCUCGCGGGCACCGGGCGGCCCGCCAGCCUGGCCAGCUUCGGCAGCGACUGCUCCCUGCAGGCUCUGGCCUCGGGCUCCAGGCCGGUCAGCAUCAUCAGCAGCAUCAACGAUGAGUUUGACGCCUACACCUUGCGGGCCUCUGGGGGCACCCUGGACGGGGAGGCCGGGGCCAGUGGCAGCCACGGCUCCUCCAUCAGCUCAUGGCUCAGCGAGGUCAGCCUCCAUGCUGCGGACAGCCGCGGCCCCACGCCACAGCCGCCCUUCCGGGCCAGCCCGGAGACUUCUGGCCCUGACUUGCCCACUGUGCCUGAGCCCCUGGGCUCCCCCACCCUGGAGGGUGGCAGCUUUGGCUUCUCCCAGCUCCGCCGAGCAGGCAGCCCAGGCCUGGCCCAGGGUCCUUGCCCCGCAGAAUCGGCCCCAGCGGCCCCUGCCCUCCCCCGGGGGCCCAACCCUGCCCAGACCAUCCACUCUAGCCUGCCACGGACAUCCAGGAUGGUCCCAGCCGGUGGCCGGGUGGGCUGCCCUCCCUGGGGCUCCCCUGGCCCCGAGGGCCUGUUUGAGGACCCGUGGACACUCCGCACGGAUGAUGGCACUGGGCUCCAGGCGGCCUCACCCGGCAGCGCCUCCAGGCCCCCCUUAGCCUUGCCCUGGCCGCCCGAGGCCCGGGAGGUGCCAGCCGGCACCCAGAGGGUGGUGGAUGGCUGUGAGGCUGUGGCCAGGGGUGCCCAGCAGCUGGAUGCCGUGGCCUGGAUCCCCCCACUGAGGAGAGGGGCCACCACGCUGGGUGUCUGCUCACCUGCCACAGCCAGUGUGGGGACCCCGGCUGAGGCUGCCGCUUCCCCAGGCAGCUCGAGGGCCUUCUCGCCCUCCAGCAGCAGGUGGGGCCCCGCGCCCAGGGGGGGCCAGCUCCCGAGAACUGGGGGGGUUCCCCCCGCCCCGCCCGUGCGCAAGUCCAGCCUCGAGCCCAAGUGCAGCCCUGGCCUGGCCCCGACACAGGCCGUGGGACUGAGCCGGCCUGGGGCCACAGCCCCCCUGCGAGGGGAAGACGAGUCCAGGCCUGGUGGUCAGUCCUCCCCCAGGGCCACGUCCAGCUGGAAGGGCCGGGCUGCCAGGGUGGAGGGGACGCCCCGGCCGUCUGGCCACACCUCGCUGGAGCGGAACGAGGGCCCGGCGCACGGCGGCAGGAGCCGGGAGGCUGCGGGGCGGCCGGGGCGGGCCGUGCCCAGGUUGGGGGUGCCCCCAACCAGCCCCACACUGGGGCCUGCCCCUGCCUGCCGGGGCAGCCCGGCCAAGGGUGCAGGGGUCCCCAAGCCCCCCGUCGGCGGGAGCAAGGGCCGCAGCCCGGCGGGCGGGACGCGGGCUCUGAGCGCCUCGGUGAAGUCGCUGGCCCCCCUCGCAGCGGGCAGGACCCCCGGCGGCCCCCCGCCCGGCCCCAGGGCGGCUCCCCAGGUGGCACCCGGUGUGGGGAGCAAGGCCGGCCGCGGCACGGUCAUGGGCGCCAAGCAGGCGCUCCGGGCGGCCCACUGCCGCGUGCACGAGCUGGCGGCCGCCUCAGACGCGGGCCCGGCCCUGCCCUCGCCCUACAGCAAGGUGACGGCGCCGCGGCGGCCCCCGCGCUGCAGCAGCGGCCACGGCAGCGACAACAGCAGCGUGCUGAGCGGGGAGCUGCCGCCCGCCAUGGGCCGCACGGCGCUGUUCUACCACAGCGGCGGCAGCAGCGGCUACGAGAGCAUGCUCCGCGACAGCGCCUCGUCCGCCCCCGACUCCACCAGCGAGCGCGGGGCCUCCCCCGGCGCCCGCACCCGCAGCCUCAAGUCCCCGAAGAAGAGGGCCGCAGGCCUGCAACGGCGGCGGCUCAUCCCGGCCCCGCUGCCCGACGCCGCCCUGGGCCGCAAGCCCGGCCUCCCGGGCCAGUGGGUGGACCUGCCGCCGCCCGGCACACGGAAGGAGCCCUUCGAGAUCAAGGUGUAUGAGAUUGACGACGUGGAGCGUCUGCAGCGGCGGCGCCUUCCCCCGCCGGCCACCCCCACCGAGCAUUGCCAGGCCGCGGAGAAGGACGCGGGAUGUGCGGGUGCACGGGUGCGGCAGGUGGAGCGCAGGCGGCAGCGGCUGCGGGAGGUGCGGGCCCAGCACGAGCGCCUGUGCCAGGAGCUGGCCGCCACCCAGGGCCGCCUGAUGGUGGAGCCCGGCCGCUGGCUGGGGCACUUUGAGGUGGACCCGGCGCUGGAGCCCGAGUCGGCCGAGUAUCUGGCGGCCCUGGAGCGCAUCACGGCCGCCCUGGAGCAGUGGGUGAACCUGUGCAAAGCCCACGUCAUGAUGGUCACCUGCUUCGACAUCAGCGUCACGGCCCCUGCCGCCACCCCGGGGCCGCAGGAGGUGGACGUGUGAGGCCAGCACCCGGCAGAGAGGGACAGGGCUGUGCGGGGGCCGGAGGGCCGAGGACGUGGCGGGGGCCGGAGG